AUGCAACAGAUGCGAAAAGGCUGUCACAAAAUGAUACUCACUUACAAUUCUACCUACUUUGAUGGAACCCGCACAUAUGGAGGAUACUCUGAUAUCAUAGUUGUCAAAGAGCAUUUUGUGAUUUGUUGGCCAGACAACCUGCCUCUUGAUGUUGGUUCUCCCCUGAGGAAUUUUGGACUUGACAAGCCAGGUAUGUAUAUCAGUGUGGUGGGUCUAGGCGUGCUAGGCCAUGUAGCAAUGAAGCUUGCUAAGGCUUUUGGGGCUAAGGUGACAGUGAUUAGUACAUCCCCUGCCAAGAAGAAGGAAGCCAUUGAACAUCUUGGCCCCGAUUCAUUUUUAGUUAGCAGUGAUCAAGCUCAGCUGCAGGGUAUUAUUGAUAUGGUGCUCAGCCUAUUGAAGCAUGAUGGGAAACUUACCCUGCUCGGUUCACCAAAGGCACUUGAACUACCAGUCAUGCCUAUGCUUGCAGAUGGACAAACUCAAUGGGUAUUAGCUGAACUUGAAUUGCUUGUGUCGUGGCCAUUGCAGCCAUGGAAUUUUAGUUAUGUUGGUAGGAGACAUGAGAUAACGGGUGAGCUGACAGAAGUAGGUAGCAAGGUACAAAAGGUAAAAGUUGGAGACAAAGUUGGUGUCAGGGAGCUUCUGCUUGGCCGCCAGAUUAGGGAUUCAUCGCGUGCAAUGAAAGAUGGUUGA